AAUUACGUAAUGGGCAAGUUAAAAAUGAUAAUUCAGGAAUAUUCGGUUAAGGGAAUAAACAAGUUACUGACUCGGUUAGCGGUGAUAUGAAAUUAAUUUUAAAUUUACUAACGAAAAUUCGUAAGUGAAAAAGGCGCAAAUGAGAACUCGAUGAAAGCGACAAUGAUAAGGCACGUUUAUCGUUUCUUCCAAGAACGUUUAGUGAGACAAUAAAACAUAGAAUAACAUUAGUAAUAAAUAAAUAACAAUCAUCUUAAAAAAUUAAAAUUAGUUGAAUUAGUGUGUCAUAAAAAGUUACAAAGAUAAUAAAGAAUAAAUCAACAGUUAUAAAAGAAUUUUUUCUUUUGGAAAUAAAUUGCUACUUUGAGCAGUCCAGAUCAUACGAAAUUUUGUAUUAUCAGUAGCAGCAGUAUUUCAUUAUAAUUUUUUAUCAUUUUAACAUUUUCUUUAAUUAGAAAACAUUUUUAAUUUAUAAAUUUGAAAAAAAUUUAAUUGAGAAAAGCAUAGCAUCAUAAGAUAAUAAUUUUAUAAUAAGUUAACAAAAUCUGAAACUGUAAUUAAGAAAUUAUGUUUCCAAUCAGUACUCAAAAAAAGAACUGGAUAUUUAAAGACGAAACAGAUUUAAAUCAAUUACGAGAAGAAACAAACCGAAAAUUCAUCACAAAUUAUGGUUCACGUAUGAGUCCAGAUGAAUGUAGAAACUAUUUUUUAGAUGUAAAUGAAGAACAUAUUGUACAAAAAUGCCACGAAUACAUGUUACGUGAUUUUUGUCAUAAGUUUCAACCACCCAUGCCCAAGUUUGUUUUUGCUACAGCGUUGAACUAUUUAAAGAGAUUUUAUUUAUAUAACUCUGUAAUGGACUAUCACCCCAAAGAAAUUAUGGUAACAUGUCUCUUUUUAGCAUGUAAAGUAGAUGAGUUUAAUGUAUCACUAGCCCAAUUUGUAGCUAACAUAAAAGGCAAUCAAUCAAGAGCAACAACUGUUAUAUUAAACAAUGAAUUAUUUCUUAUGGAACAAAUUAAAUAUAAUCUCAAAAUCCAUCAUCCGUUCAAAGCAAUAGAAGGAUUUCUUUUAGAUAUUAAGACAAGAACACAGAUGAAUGAUCCUGAUCGUAUGAGACCACACAUUGAUAGCUUUAUUGAUAAAUUAUUGUUUACAGAUGCUUGCUUACUUUUUGCACCUUCUCAACUAGCAUUAGCUGCAAUUUUGCACUCUGCUAGUCAAAUUAAAGAAAAUUUAGAUUCAUAUGUAACAGAUUUGUUAUUAGGUCAAACAGGAGCUGACCAUCUUAAAGAUUUAAUUGAAGUUGUACGAAGAAUAAGAAUAUUACAUGUUCGAGUUUCGGAUGACCAUACUAAAGAGUUAUCACGAGUUAGUAAAAAAUUAGAUAAGUGUCGUAAUCAAGAAAAUAAUCCAUUUAGUGAAGAAUAUAAAGAUAGAAUACAAGAAGCUUUAAAUAAUUCAUUAUAAAAAUUUGAUUAAUGAUCAAUUUUUGUUUUUCCAUGGUAUUAAGUAAUUUAUUGUAUAAUUUUAAUAAUUAUUAUGUAAAGCCCGAUUAUUAAAUAGAAUAAACUAUUAAUAUUCUAAAUUUAUACACACACACAUAUAUAUGCAGUAUAUAAGUGUAUAUAUAUAAUGAAGUGUUUAUACUUAAUUGUAUUUAAUUAAUUUCAUCUGUUUUAAAAAUAUAUUUUUAUAGUUAAUUCUCUAAUAAUAAUAUAAAUAAUUUAAAGACAAAAAAUGUUGUCUAGUAAUAAAUAAAAAAAUCUAAAAUUUUAAACAUUUAAAAGACAUAUAAUAAAAAUUGAUCACUUGAAGCUAAUUAAUUAAAUAAAAGUUUAACUAUAUUAAAAAUAUUAUUAAUUUAAAAACUAAAAAAUAUUUAACUCAAAAGCCACAAAAAAUUACUGAAAAGUCGCGGAUAUGUAUUUUGGAAACAAUGUUACCAUUAUCAACGCUAAAAACAUACUGACUUACUUGGCAGUUAUUAGCGUUGAUAAUGGUAACAUUAUUUCGGAAAUACUUAUCCUCUACUCUUCAGUAAUUUUUUGUGGCUUUUGAGUUUAAUAUUUUUUAGUUUUUAAAUUAAUAAUAUUUUUAAUUUAAUUUAAUGUAUUUAAAAAACAAUUCUGGAUAUUAAAUAACUAAAAAAAACCUUUAUGCUAGUAAAGUUAAUUUUUUUACAGUUUUGUAACAAAUAUAUUACCCUAACAAAGUGAAACCAAGUAACUCACAAUUUUUUUAAUAAUGAUAUAGAAAAUUGUUUAUUUAUAUAUAUUACAUCAUUAUAGUGAGUUGAAAUGCAUUAAAACAUUAAGAUCUAUAAAAUUAGCUUUGAUUAAAUAGUAUCUAUCAAACAUUACCAAAUACUAAAAAAAAAAUAA